AUGCGUCGGGCGGCAGAUCUGGGAGACGGCGAUGACGAGAGCGGAGGACUCUAUUCACCUUCCAUCCCAGAAGCCACGGACGCUGCGGAAGAGUCUGUUGACGAGAUAGAAUUCGAAGAACCGAUUGACAACCGUGACGAAAACCUAAGCGUCAUCAAACGCAACUUUUUAGAUCGUCUUGCCGAGGUCUUGGCCAAGUUUAAGACGGCAAAGCGCGCUGCCAAAUCAGCCAACCGAAAUUGUGAUGCAAAGCACGUUACCAGCUUGAUGAUGGUGGAAGACCCGAGUAAAAAGACCGCCAGGAUCUUUUGUGCCAAGAACGAAGGUCUUGAUGAAGACGAUGAUUAUUUUUUACACAAAUUGGAGCAACUCUACCAGAACAUCGUCACAAAUGGCAAGCCGACCUUGUCUUUUUCUGUCAUCGAGCGUGGAAUCUUUGCCAUGACUUACCUCAGCUAA